UGGCGGCCGGAGCCCGCCGCGGCGGGCGGCCCGGCAGAUGCCAAGUGGAAAACAAUAACUGACCAAAUUAAGAAAGCUGUGGAAGUCUAUAAGCCGUGUGUAAAGGCGAAUUGCAGCUGCUACCAAAGUGUCUGGAAGCAGGACCUGGCUCCUUUUCGAGGUGGUGUUUCCAAGGAGAUAAUAUCAGAUGUGGUGAGCCGGAAGCUCGGGACACAUUACCAAAUCAUUAAGAACAAAUUGUACCGUGAGCAGGACUGCUUGUUCCCUGCAAGAUGCAGUGGAGUUGAGCACUUCCUUCUGGGGAUCAUCAACCGCCUCCCUGACAUGGAAAUGGUGAUCAAUGUGCGAGACUACCCCCAGGUCCCCAAGUGGAUGAAACCCAUUAUCCCAGUCUUCUCCUUCAGUAAGACACCUGAAUACAAUGACAUAAUGUAUCCUGCCUGGACAUUUUGGGAAGGAGGACCAGCUGUUUGGCCAAUUUACCCAACAGGUUUAGGGCGCUGGGACCUCAUGAGAGAGGACCUCAGAAGAUCUGCAGAAAAAUGGCCAUGGAUGAAAAAAAUCUCUAAAGGAUAUUUCCGAGGAUCCAGAACGAGUCCUGAGAGAGAUCCCCUCAUUCUGCUGUCCCGAGAAACCCCAGAACUUGUUGAUGCUGAGUACACUAAAAACCAGGCUUGGAAAUCUGAAAAGGACACCUUAGGGAAGCCUCCUGCAAAGGAAAUUCCACUGGUUGAUCACUGCAAAUACAAGUAUCUGUUUAAUUUCCGGGGAGUGGCUGCCAGUUUCCGGUUGAAACACCUUUUCUUAUGUGGUUCACUUGUGUUUCACGUUGGAGAAGAGUGGUUGGAGUUCUUCUACCCUCAGCUGAAGCCUUGGGUCCACUACAUCCCAGUCCGAUCAGACCUCUCUAACGUCAGGGAGCUGCUGCAGUUUGUAAAGGAAAAUGAUGCCAUAGCACAAGAAAUUUCAGAGAGGGGACGCCAAUUCAUCACCGAGCACUUGCAGAUGGAGGAUGUCUCUUGCUACUGGGAGCAUCUGCUGUCUGAAUAUUCCCAAGCCUUGACUUACAAAGUGAAAAGGAGGAAGAGCUACAGCGAGAUCACUUCUGAGUGGCUGAAAACAGAACUGUAGAGACUAAUCUGUUUUUCUCUUCAGCUCAAACUGAUCUCUGUGGAAAUCUGAAGAUCAGUGUAUCUUCUUUCUUGUUCUCUCAGACUUCUUAUCCUUCACGCUGCAACUACCGUGAACAGCAAUAGGCUAACUUUGAAAUUGCUCCCAUACAGUGGGACCCAGUUAUGCUAUCACCAUAAGAAUGUUAAGUAGAAUGUUGGACUAUGGCUAUUUAAUGGGGUGGUUAUGGUCAUGCCUGGGAGAGGGUUGUUAGCAUUUGGGACUUUGUUACUACCUGUGUCAGAAUGAUCCUAAAUCCCAUUCAGUCAAUGAGAAGCCUGUCUGUUAAUUUUACUGGGCUUUUUACCAAGUCCGCUGUACUCAUGGGCAAGGUACACAGACUGUCAGCUACAUGCAGCUGGGAGAUACAUGCCCCUUUUUUUGGCAAAUGGUCAAUGUUUUCUCACCUGUGAUAUUAGGUGUUCUCUGACAGAAGCAGGUACUGGGAUUUGGGGUAACCUUUUUAGAUAGCCUAGAGCUUAUGUUUAUGUCAGGUUUUAGAAGUUGAUGGUAGGGCUUUGAUGUGCCAUUGAAAGGACAAAUGAUCCUUGCACAGUUAAACUACCUCACAGGGGAGCAGUUGGUGAUGAUGAUGUUGCCACAGCGCUAAGCCUGAGUAGCAGACAGUCAAGCAGUUGGCAACUGAGAUAAAGACAGUUCAUCCUCUGACAGAUGAGCUGGGUGCCUGCACAGCCACACAGAACCAAGCCCCUGUUAACAAGCUCUCGCCAGCUGCCUGGCCAGACAUCCUUAAGAACCCAGAGAAAGUAUAUGCAGAGGUAGAGUCAGCUCUUCUUUUUCCCAGAUGUUCACAGAUUCUCUGCUCUGAUCUUCUUCUGUAAACUGUCUAGGGUUGUUGGGGGGGGGGC